GUUUGUCUUUUUGACAUCAAUCUGACUGAAAGUGUGUUUGCAAAGCCUGCUAUCAACCUGCCUGCUUUCUCAUAUGCUGGUUUUGCUGCCCGUCCCGUAGGAGUUUGUGGAAGCACUUCCGUGCAGUUUCUCUCUGUCUCUUCCUGCUGCUCUUUCCAGCGUACAUGGCUUAUAUGAUCUGCCAGUUCUUCCACAUGGACUUCUGGCUUCUCAUCAUCAUCUCCUCCUCAAUCCUCACCUCUCUCCAGGUGCUUGGCACUCUGUUGAUCUGUUGUUCUCUUCAUGGUGGAGGAGUUUCGUAAAGCUCCAGUGUAGAACAUGGAUGAAGUCAUAUAUUGUGUUGCGGUGUGCGUGGUGUGCUAUGGUGUAUCAGAGACUGUAUUUGGCGAGUGGAGUGUGAUGGGAAGCACCAUCAUCUUGGUCCACUCGUACUAUAACGUCUGGCUCAGAGCCCAGCUGGGCUGGCAGAGCUUCCUGCUCAGGAGAGAUGCUGUAAACAAGAUAAAAAGCCUCCCUACAGCUAGCAAUACACAGCUGGAGCAGUAUAAUGACAUCUGUGCUAUCUGCUUCCAGGACAUGACCAGUGCUGUGUUCACUCCGUGCAGUCAUUUCUUCCACGCUGGCUGUCUGAUGCCCUCUCUGUCGUUCACAACCAAGAGCCAAUCACCAACUAACGGUGGAGCUACCCGAGGUACACCUGCAGCCAAUCAGAACCCUGCAGGACAGGAAGAAGGCACUCUACUGGAUGACAGGAAAGAGGGAGCGUCAGUAGAGCAGGAGGGAGAUAAUGAAACUGCCACAUCAGCUGGGGAAACCUCGCUCUUCCACCUCCCCCACUGGCAUGUCUGCUUCCCUGCCCAUCGUCAAACCUCCAUUAUCAUCUUCCUCUUGUUCUUCUUCUCCUCUUGCAACUGAUUCUGUGCUGCACCAGUCCCCUGCAGAUCACCCUUGUGCAUCUUCUUUCUCUACCUCUUACACAUCAGACACACCCGACGCUCCUGCAUCUCUCUGCCAUUCUGUCUCCACCUUUCACCAACCAACUUCACAGGUACUGACCUAAGCAGAGGCGAACCCUGCUAAACCCGAAUCCCCCCUCAGCUAAAAUCAGUCUCCCUUGUGGACAGCCAGGCAAACUCUACUGGUCCAUCAUCACAAUCUAACCCACCAACUCCCCAUUCAGUGGAACCUCCUCCACGUCCUCCACCUCCUCCUCCAUUCAACCCCUGAGCUCCAUUUUAACACACACACAACAUACAUACAUGCAUAUAUAAUUACACAAUCUAAAUAAUCCCCUAUUCUACUUGUCCAGCUGUUUGCUGUUGGCUCUCCCAUCAUGUCCAACUUCAUAUCCAUGUUAUGUUUCAAAUGAUCUAAAACAAUCUCUAAGCAGAAAUUCAUCACUCGGCAUUAAAAAAUGUAAAAAAAGAGGACAAUGAUCGCAGCUUUACAAAAUGUUAGUACUCGUUAGGCAGUUGUCUUGGAGCAGUGAAACGUAUCCCAUAAUAGGUGUAACCCAUGCCAGCAGUGAUUUCAUCACAGGUGCAGUUGUUUUCCACAUGUUCUUUCACAGGGAUUCAAAUUUAAUACAAAACAGGAUGCACUAAUCUCAUCUCAGAAUGAAUUGGGAAUUUUACACCAUGUCCAGAAAAUGUGAAAAUCGGAUUUCCAUCACGGCUUUUUCUUUCUUUUUUUCUCCCUACAGUCAUGCUUUUACCCCUUACCUUUUGAUGCCCGACAUUUAGGGCGAUGGUUGCUCCUGCCUUUGUUUGUACAGCUUUAACUUUCACCGCUGUAUAUUUCGUAGUGUUUGGGUGCCACGAUUUAUCUAAAAAUUGAUCAGACUAUCAAUUACUGAUGGUUGUAUUUUAUACCGUGACAAAGUCUUAACAUUUCAUAACGUCUAGAAAUUCUCCACAUUUUUUGUUUUUCACUGCUGGGUGUCAGUAGUGUUGUGAUUUAGUGAAUACUGAGCGUUAGCAGACUGAAUGUUGUUUAUUGACAUUCACAUGACCUAAAGCCUGGUGCUAAGCAGAGGACACAUGGUAUGGUCUAGCUGAGGGGUGCAGUGUGAACUCUUGGUUCACAUUGAAGAACUUACAUGUGUCA